AUGGCCGCUCUGGCCGAGGCGGUGAGCAGCAGCAGCAGCGCGGGUUGCCCGGCGGCAGGCGGCGGCAGCAGCAGCAGCCGGCACGAGAAGAGCCUGGGGCUCCUCACCACCAAGUUCGUGUCGCUGCUGCAGGAGGCCAAGGACGGCGUGCUGGACCUGAAAGCGGCUGCUGAUACUCUUGCUGUGAGACAAAAAAGAAGAAUCUAUGACAUCACCAAUGUUUUGGAAGGCAUAGAUUUAAUUGAGAAAAAGUCAAAAAACAGCAUCCAAUGGAAAGGUGUAGGUGCUGGCUGCAAUACAAAAGAAGUCAUAGACAGACUGAGGUAUCUUGAAACAGAAAUUGAAGAUUUGGAACUAAAAGAAAAAGAGCUGGAUCAGCAAAAAUUGUGGCUGCAGCAAAGCAUCAAAAAUGUUAUGGAUGACUCCACAAACAACCAAUUUUCAUAUGUCACUCAUGAAGACAUCUGUAAUUGCUUCAAUGGAGACACACUUCUAGCAAUUCAAGCACCUUGUGGUACACAAUUAGAAGUACCUAUACCUGAAAUGGGACAAAAUGGACAAAAGAAAUACCAGAUCAGUCUAAAGAGUAGUUCAGGACCUAUCCACGUGCUGCUUAUUAAUAAAGACUCAAGUUCCCCCACGCCUGUGGUGUUUCCAGUUCCUCCUCCUGAUGACCUUGCACAGCCCCCAUCUCAGCCUGCAAUUCCAGUGACUCCCCCAAAACCUACUGCAUCUACUGAGAAUCCAUCAGAGCAGCAUGACAUUAACCAGGAGCAGCAUUUACCACAUACCCCAGUUACAGAUACACCAUCAGACAACAGUGUGCAAGAGAACAAUACAACUCCAGCAACUCCUUACUCUAGCCUUCCGGACUCCUUGCUGUACACGAGCCUUGCAACAGAUGCAACACAAACUACUGCUAGCUCAAAUGACUAUCAGGCCUUGCUUCCCUUGGAUGUUAAUUGUAUUCUCAAGCCAAACUCAUUUGAUAUAGCAAAGAUGGAUGAGCCCACAGGAACUAUUAGUAGUGAUAUCAUUGACGAAUUGAUGUCUUCAGAUGUUUUUCCUCUCUUACGACUCUCUCCUACUCCCGGAGAUGACUACAACUUUAACCUGGAUGAUAAUGAAGGAGUCUGUGAUCUUUUUGAUGUGCAGAUACUAAAUUAUUAGAUUCGGUGGGAACCAGACUGUCAUAUCUACCUCUAACUUUAUAACAUUCUAGACUUCUUCAUAACCUAAGUAUUUUAAAUAAUGAAUGUAUAACCUCUUAGUUCACUGACUCUGGGAGUGCAUUUCCUUUUGCUUCCUUACCUACUUCACAAAACACCUUAAAUUCAAAACCAGAAGAAAGGGCUUUUAUCAAAAUGUUCUCUGGUAUUUUUUCACAAGUUACAUUAAUGUAACUCAGCUUUGAAAUCCCAAGUUCUCCCCCCCCCCCCCUCCUUUUUCUUGCAGCCUUCUGGUUACUUAAAAAAAAACCCCAAGGCUUGUCACUUAGCAGAAUUUUCUUUCUGCAGCUUUACUGUCAAGAAGCUUUCUGUAUGUUUUUAACCUUUCACUACAAUUUUUAAAAAGCGUUCACUGCCAAAUUUUGAAGUGAAGGACAUUAAAUGAGUUAAGUUAAAUUGUUUCAGUGAACCAAUUUUGUGAAGUGCCUUCUGUUUUAGCACUUUAAG